AUGACAGGCGUGGCAGAACGGGAUGCGGUUGCCAUGACAACGCACGGGCCUGAAGCGACGCUGGGCGUCGAGACGCUCAGUCAGCGCCCGACGGCUGCGUCGGUGACAUCAGUCGCUCCCUUGCCAACCAGUCUUAUUCAAUUCCACGUGGUGCGUGUAAAUGGCUCUCAGAUGAAGAGUCUAAUCACUUGUGACUACGUGACUGGCAACUUGCACGAGCACAUGCUACCCUUGGUGAGCAAGAUGAGCUCCAUUCCACUUUUUCGUACGCCUGAAGAGAUCACAGCAGAACUAGAAAGGCAGCAGCAAGAAGAUGAUGAGUUUGAAGAAUCGUGUUCAGAAGAUGAGGAUGGAUUAUUGAUGAAUGAUGAUGAUGUGGACGAUGAGUUUGAUGCUGAAGGACCAAGACAUGAUACUCAGAUGGAGAUAGAUCCAGAGAAUAGAGAAUUUUUGAUUGGGAAGGAUGGCGAGACUAUAUGGACCAAUAAGACUCUACAAUCACCAUUUGGACGGACUCCAGCAAGGAAUAUAAUAACACACUUUCCUGGUGCCAAAGGAAUAGCUAAAGAUCUGAAGAAAGAGAUUGAUCUAUUUUCUUUGUUUGUCACUGAAGAAAUGAUGAACAUUUUGGAACGUUAUACAAACGAAGAAAUAGAGAGAAAAUGCUCCAAACAUGAAUGGUUGGCCAAAGAAAGGUACACACACCCUACCAAUGUUCCAGAAAUAAAGGCUCUGAUAGGACUUUUGUUUAUGGCUGGAGAGUUGAAAAAUUCUGGACUGAACCUACAAGACCUGUUUUCACCAAUUCAUGGACCACCAAUUUUUCGCUAUGGGAUGUCAAAAAAUCGUUUUCAGUUUCUUCUUCUAACUCUUCGCUUUGAUGAUAAAAACAGUCGUGCUGAGAGAAAAGCUAAUGAUAGAUUUGCUGCUUUCAGAGAGUUUUGGGAAUUAUUCUUGAAAAAUUGUAGAGCUUACUACACUCCAUCAGAAUAUGUAACAGUUGAUGAGACUCUACUCAGUUUCAGGGGACGAUGCAUAUUCCGGAUGUACAUGAAGAAUAAACCGGACAAGUACGGUCUAAAAAUAGUUUCCCUAUGCGAUGCAAAAACGUAUUACUUCUUAGGAGGUAUACCAUAUCUUGGUAAAGAGAGGAGAGAGAUUGAAAAUGUGUCGAAACCCACAAGUUAUGUCCUGAAUCUAGUAGAUUCUCUGAAGAAUAGUAAUAGGAACGUCACCACAGAUAACUGGUUCACGUCCUGUGAGUUGGCAGACAAACUAACAAGCAAGAAACUCACACUAGUAGGAACGAUGCGAAAGAAUAAAAGAGAGAUUCCACCAGAGUUUUUGGAAACAAAGGGUGCUCCAGUAAUGUCAUCUCGAUUCCUAUACGACCCUGAAAAGAUGAUGGUUUCCUUCACUCCAAAGAAAAAUAAGAACGUAAUACUUCUUUCAUCAAUGCAUGGUGAUGGCUUCGUGAAUGAAGUAACAAAAAAGCCAGAGAUAAUAGAAUUCUACAACAUGACAAAGGGGGAGUUGAUGUAUUUGAUCGUCUAUGCCAUGAAAAAAAACUACUAA